UUCGGCAUUUCGGUAUUCGCCUCGGACACCCGCGAUCCGAUGAUAUGGAGCGCGUUAUCACACGCGUAUCGCAUGGAAAAAAAAUGACCGCUAAUUUAUUCAACGCUGGCACACUUCACACGGCCAUUGUGCACAGCAAUAAUCGUUGUUGUUACCGAGCUGUGUAUCGUUGCGGACGUGCGGGAAAUUUUCAUCCGUAACGCUGAAUGUUGUCGAAAACGUAGAAAAAUUACAAUUCAUUUAUUUCUCCCGUGUACACAAUGGGCGUUCGGAUUUUUUCUCCCACCCCCGCCGACGUUCUCAAUUGAUAACGCCAUGUUUUCGUGAUUACGACCAAGGGAUGCCAUGACGUAGGCUGUGCACGGUUGCUGACACCUGCUGGCAUUCGCCAUGGUGACCACUGUUAAUGUAGUCCAUGUUGUGAUGAGGCACUCCCCUCGUGUUAUCGAAACCUAAAUAUUUUUCGUAUUAUUCUGUAUCAUUUUUAUUGCAGUGCGCCGCGAUUUCACAGGAUCGACCGACGAUUGUAUUGCGUGAGCUUCUGUUUUUUUUCAACUGUAUUUCCUUCUCUCUCCUCUCUGUCCCACUGUAAUUUCAUCCGUUUUGCGCUCCCUUCGUUAUCGUUAUUGUUUCCUGCGACGCGUCUCGUAUUCUUUACGCGACCGCGAAGUGAUAAUAUAUACCUAAUCUUCCAUGUCGAACGGACCAAAUCAUGUCGUAACGUCAGUUUUCGACUCGUUUCAUUUCUCUUAUAGUCUUGUUUUAUAGUCAAUGUGCGAGACAGAACGUCUAGAGAAAUCAUUAUAAAAAAAUGAGCAAUCAUCAUGUAUCAUUACAAAUUUGAUAUCACUGUAAUAUUAUUUAAAGAAGUGCUUGCCUACAUAAACCAUUGCCUUUCAGUAUAGAAUGUGUUUAUGAUCAGAUGAAAAGAUACAAUAUUAUUAAAUACCAUGAGUAUGGAUAAUAUACAAGACAAACUUCAACAACAUUCUAUGAAUAACGAAUACUUAAAUGGGCCCAGCGGAAAUAAUUUAGCCUAUAACCAUUCAAGAGAUUCUACAUUAUCUGAUACUUUAGAUCUAGGACCACUUCCACCAAAAUGGGAGAAAGCUUAUACUAAAAACGGAGAAGUUUAUUUCAUAGAUCAUAAUUCUAGUACAUCACAUUGGUUAGAUCCAAGGUUAUCAAAGUUUCAAAAGAAACAAUUAGAAGACUGCUCUGAUGAUGAACUGCCAUAUGGUUGGGAACGAAUUGAUGAUCCACUUUAUGGGACAUAUUAUAUUGAUCAUGUAAAUAGACAAACACAAUAUGAAAACCCAGUUCUUCAAGCUAAAAACGCUAGACAUGAUGAUCAAAUUAAUGAUGAACAAGAUAAUAUUCCUAAUUACCCUUCAAAUAGUUUUGAAAAUAUUAACUCAAUAAAACGAGAUUCAGGUGUUAGUAGUAAUUUGUUUACUACUAAUCCACAUAAACUGGUUGGUGAACGAAUUCGUUCAACUCUUGUAAAAUCAAUUCGAGGAUUAGGAUUUACUAUUGUUGGCGGAGACGAUUCUAAAGAAGAAUUUCUUCAAAUUAAAUCUGUUGUUCCUAAUGGACCAGCAUGGUUAGAAGGAAAAUUACAAACAGGUGAUGUUCUUGUUUAUGUAAAUGAAAAAUGUGUGCUUGGAUAUACACACCAUGAUAUGGUUAGUGUUUUUCAAGGGAUAGUUCCAGGUGAAACUGUUUGUUUGGAUGUAUGUAGAGGUUAUCCUUUACCAUUUGAUCCUAAUGAUCCUAAUACUGAAGUUGUAACAACUGUUGCGGUUGGAAAUUCAGAUCGACAAUUGGAUGAUUUAUCAUAUGUUGAUAGGGAAUUAUACAUGAUGAAAGUUGGUAAUAGAUCUACUUCUAAUGAACUUUGCAAUCAAUCUGUAAAAUCAAUGCCUGAUUUAUAUGCCUCGGAAGAAAUUAUGAGUAUUGCAAGACCCAAUAGUACUGAUCUUAUAUUAGAAGAACACAUGCCUGCACCACUAUAUUUAACAAUGUCAAUUGUAAAAGGUGCAAUGGGUUUUGGGUUUACAAUAGCAGACAGUGCUCAUGGACAAAAGGUAAAAAAAAUAUUGGAUAAACAAAGAUGUCAAGAGUUAAUGGAAGGAGAUAUUUUAAUUGAUAUAAACAAUAUAAUUGUACGUAAUAUGUCUCAUAAUAAAGUAGUUCAAGUGUUAAAAGACUGUUUAACUAAUGAAGCAGCUAAUAUUACUAUUCAACGUUGUAUUCAAAAUUCCCCUGAUAAAUUCCGUGUAAAAAACAAAAAGGAUGUUAAAAAUAUGUAUAGAAGCAAAACUCCCACUAUGGAUUCAUAUGGUGAUCGAUCACAUGAAGUCAAUAGAGCUAAAACUCCCAUUAUUGAUAACCGAACACAAAUUUCUAAAAUUCCCAAUAAUUUGCUUGAAAAUGGUUCAUCAGAUACUUACGUAAUGAAUAAUAGCUUACCGCUUGAUGAAUAUUGUCAUAGAGAUGAUAAUUCAUGGAUGCAUACAAAUUCGCCACCAGCUCAAAUGUAUAUUCCCACUUCAUUAUAUAAUGGAGUAAUUGAUCCUUCAAUUGGACAUUAUAUUAAUCCACCUGAUCAUUCAGCUGGACUCUAUAUGAACUCACAACCAGAUAAUUAUUCUAACCAUUUAUCCAAAUCAAUUCAAAACAUGAGCUUUGAACAUUAUGAAAUUAAUGCUUCCAAAAACAAAGUGAGGUAUUUACAUAACAACAAUGAAAUAAAUGAAAUUGAUCAACUUAAUAAUGAAAAUUUAAAAUCAAAUAUCAGUUAUGUUACACUUCAAAGACAAGAAUGUGGUUUUGGAUUCCGAAUCGUUGGUGGAAAAGAAGAAGGCUCACAGGUAUCUGUUGGUCACAUUGUUCCUGGAGGAUCUGCAGAUUUGGACAGAAGAAUAAUGACUGGAGAUGAAAUCAUAAGUAUUGAUGGUCAAUCUACUCUAAACACGUCUCAUGAUUAUGUAAUAAAUUUAAUGGGACAAGCAGCUAGGAGUGGUCGAGUAACAUUGGGUAUUCGGCAUAUCAAAUCGAACUUGAAACCUAAUUACGUUUCAAUUCCUUUAAAACGACAUCUAGAUAUUGAAUAUCCUUAUGAUGUAACAUUAACUAAAAAAGAUAAAGAAGGAUUUGGUUUUGUAGUAAUAUCAUCAUUAAAUAAAGGCCCGACUAUUGGCCGUAUUAUUGAAGGUAGUCCUGCCUUUAGAGAUGGCCAAAUCCAUGUGGGAGAUCAUGUCCUUGCUGUCAACAAUACAAACAUAACUAAUUUAUCUCAUGGUGAUAUAGUUAACAUGAUUAAAGAUUCUGGUUCAACUGUUACAUUAACUAUUGGACCACCUAAUGAUGAUACUGCUAGUAUUGUUUCUUUACCAAUGUCAAAUAAAGAUCAAGACUUAGAAGAGGAACAAUAUCAUGCAGUAGAAUUAUCAAGAGGCCCUCAAGGAUUUGGUUUUAGUAUUCGUGGUGGUAGAGAAUUCCAAAAUAUGUCUCUAUUUGUAUUGCAAAUUGCUGAGAAUGGACCAGCCGCUAUGGAUGGACGUUUAAGGGUUGGAGAUCAUAUUAUAGAGAUCAAUGGAGUCAAUACUAAAAACAUGACGCACGCUGAAGCCAUAGAAAUCAUUCACAGUGGUGGGUCUUGUGUACGACUUCUUAUACGCCGUGGUACCAGAGUGCCACAAAUACCUUCUGAAGGUAAUUUUCAUGGCGCAUACAAUCUUAAGACUCAAUAAAAUUCAACUGAGACGUAUUUACAUUUUAUAGAAGACAUGUUUGCCUUUGUUAAUAUUCAUCAAUCUGUGAUUAAUUUAGAUAAUAAAAUGAAUAUGUCUUAUUCUGUAUCCUCACUACAAUCUAAUUCGAACCCUACCUAUUGGGAUACAAAGUAUAUGUGCUCAAGUUGAUUAUCUAGAACUGUUCAAACUGAUAAUUA